GAGGCCGCGCUCAGGGCCUACGCGGGAACCUUCGCUGGGGAGGCCGCGCUCGGGGCCUACGCGGGAACCUUCGCUGGGCUCUACGUGACCCUGGCCUGGCGUGGGGGGGGGUCCCGCCUGGCCAAGCCCGCAGCAGUUUUGGGGUUCGCAGCCCCCCCGUUCCUGUUGGGGGCCCUGAGGGUGGCCGAGCACAGGAACAGCUGGGGGGACGUCCUGGGGGGGUUCCUGUGCGGGACCGGGAUCGCUGCCUUCCUGGUGACGUGCGUGGUGGAAAUUUCCAGAACAAGGCGGAUUCGGGGUGGGGGGAGGGCAGGGCCCUGA